AUACUUGGAAUCAGAUAUUUUCAGAGAACAUUUUUUUCAAGAUUUUUAAAUUUAGAAAUUCAUCUAACUGUAGUUAGCGGAUCUGAUUUGUGAACAAAAAGUGGGUACCCCCUAGACUGGGACGGGAUGACAUCAUAUCGAGGAGAGAGGAGCGAACUGCCUGACUGUGGUACUACGCGGCCUAGUGAGUGGAGCGGACUGCCUGAAUCUUGCUCUACGCGGUCGCAACUUAAAUCUCAGUCUCAUCCUCUCUCUGCCUGGAUAGAGGAACGAACCAGGGAUUUCGCGGAUUUUGAGAAUAGUUUUUCAGCUGGCAGGCAUAGCAGCAAUACACCUGAUAUUUAUAGCUUAGGAGCAGCAAUUCAGCAUCCGUCGUUUAGAGCUCCGAUCAGCAGUCGUGGACAACAGCUACAGGAAUCUUAUAGAGACUUCAGCCCCGCACAACAGAUUAAAAUGGAGGACAAAGAGCUUUCACCGAGGGCUCGUGUAACUAUAGACGAGGAAAAACUUCAAGUUGAAUUCAAUGUAAAGGAAUAUACUCCAGAGGAGUUAAACAUUAAAACAGAAGGAGAUGUUCUUGUAGUGCUUGGCAGACAGGAGAUGAAGGAUGGAGGAAAAACUUACGUAUCCAAGCAAUUUGAACAGAGGUUAAUGUAGACUAAAUAAUAAUAAUAAUGAUAAUAAUAACAAUAAUAAUA